UCGUUAUUGCCCUCUUACACUAAGCUAAUGUCGUUUGGUGCAGGCUGUCUUCUGAGAAUAAACAAGCGUGGUGCAUUUUGUUGGACUAAACUGCAGGGAGAUCUUAAAUGGACUGAAACACAGUGGCCUGCAGAGCAGCAUGCUCCACAGAGAAACUAAUUCAGAUUCUGGUUGCUCCACUGUCACAGAACGAGCGAUUAGAUAGAAUGGCUUACAGGAGACUUGUAAGCCUUCUCUCGAGAAGAAGGGAGUGGGCACCCCACUUUCAAACCCCUCAACGUGUCCAUGGCAAAACUGUCUGCAAGCACCCCACCCACCACCCUGCCAGAAACCAGAGACUCCUUCAUACGGGUCGACCGGUCAUGACGAUGAUGAAGCUGCUGUCGGUGGAUGAGCUGUUUGCCAAACGCUCUCUGCAGGAGCACCUGAAAAAGGUGGAGAAAGAGUAUAAUGAGUGUUUGCAGGCCGUCACUUACAGUGCGACAGACGAUGAGUGCAGUGAAGAUGAGCUGAAGGAAAAGAGAACCAAAGUAUCCCUGCUGGCUCCUCUCAUCCAGAGCAUCCGAGAGCUGGACAAGAAGCAACAAGAGAUCAUGGAGACCGAGAUGCUCCUGAAAGACGACGACGCAGCGCUGCGAGAACUGGCCGAGCUGGAAAGAGAAAGCUGUUUGCGAGAUAUUCAAGAUCUCAGACAAAAGGUCCUGGAGCUGCUGAUCCCCGAGGAGGAGGCCGACAUGAGCGACCUGGUCCUGGAAGUCACCGCUGGGGUCGGUGGACAGGAGGCCAUGCUCUUCACCGCUGAGAUGUUCGACAUGUAUGAAGGCUUCGCCCGGUACCACGGCUGGUCCUUCGACGUACUGGAGCACAUGUCUAGCGAUUUAGGCGGACUGCGGCACGCGUCAGCCAGCAUCAGCGGCUCCCAGAGCUACAAAAAGAUGAAGUUUGAGGCCGGAGUUCAUCGAGUUCAGAGGGUUCCCAAGACUGAAAAACAGGGCAGGACGCACACCAGCACCAUGACUGUGGCUGUACUGCCUCAACCUACCGAGAUCUCUUUCACGAUAAACCCAAAGGACCUGAAGAUCGAGACAACACGAGCAAGCGGAGCUGGCGGUCAACAUGUCAAUACAACAGACAGCGCUGUCAGAAUAGUCCAUCUUCCAACAGGGUUGGUUGCAGAGUGCCAACAGGAGCGCUCCCAGCUGAAGAACCGGGAGAAGGCCAUGAAGUCUCUGAGAGCCAAACUGUACAGCAUGAAGCUGGAGGAGGAGACCAGCAAGCGUUACAACCAGCGCAAAGUCCAAAUCGGCACCAAAGGCAGAUCGGAAAAGAUCCGGACCUACAACUAUGCCCAGGACCGUAUAACCGACCACCGCAUCAGCAUGACGGUGCACGACGUCAGGAGCUUCCUGUUGGGGGAGGAUCUGUUGAACGAGAUGAACUCCUCUCUGCAGGAAUUCUCCAAUCAGGAGGCCCUCAUGGAGCUGCUGGAAGAGGGAAAUCAGGUGGAGCCAUGAGUUUGGCCCCCGAUCCAGAGGAAACUUUUUAAUGCAACACUGUGAUAUCGAUCAGCUGUACUCUGCUUUGACUUCUCAUUAAUAUUUGCCGUGAUACGUUGAACCGAGGUCGAAGUACUUUCUCUAAACUGCAAGAAUAUGACCACAUGGAUGUGAACCAGUAAAAUGUUAUUUUCUUUUUUUAAAAAGCU